AUGUCAGAGUCCAAAGAAGAGGGCAUAUCUGCCCAGCCCGCCAGAUCAUGGCUUUCACGAAUCAAUCCCAUCAGACCAAGGCGAACCUACCAGAUCCCAGAGAAGCGUGUCGAAUCUCCAGAGCACAAGGCCGGUUUUCUCAGUUUGCUUACUUUUGAGUGGAUGACACACAUUAUUUUUGUUGGUUACCAGCGGCCAUUAGAAGAAAACGAUCUGCCCCAGGUCAAUCCAGCUCGCACGGUCUCAUUGCUUUCGACAAAUCUACAAGAUACCUUUGAGAGAAAUGCAAAAGCAGGCACAAAACGGCCUUUACUCACAGCUCUCUAUCAGACGUAUCGCACCGAUAUCCUGGUCGGGGCCGUUUGCUGCCUGUUGGGCAAUCUGGUUCUCAUCAUGGUUCCCUAUGUCUUGAAAUAUCUGAUUGCUUUCGCUACAGAGGCAUACAUAGCCGACUCGACGGGUCAGCCUGCGCCUGCGGUACGUACCGGAAUCGGCUACGUGAUCGGCCUUACGUGCAUGCAGAUCCUGGGCAGCAUCGGCAAUAACCAUUUCAUGUAUCGAGGCAUGGUUGUCGGUGGCGAGGCUCGGUCCGCUUUGAUAUCUAUCAUCUUCAAAAAGGCCAUGACUAUUUCCGGACGAGCAAAGGCCGGGUGGAAAUCGCCCAAGAGUCUUCCGCCGGAUAUCAAGCCUGAUAGCGACGAAGAAAAACAGUGGUUUGCCGAGCAACUCAAAGAAACCAAGACUGAAGGUUGGAGCAACGGCCGCAUUAUCAAUCUCAUGUCAACCGAUACCAACCGUAUCGACAAGGCGGCGGGCUGGAUGCACUUGGCAUGGGUGUCACCUCUGACGCUGAUUGUCACCAUUGCUCUUCUGCUUAUCAAUCUUACGUACAGCGCCCUUCCAGGAAUUGGUCUUUUCUUCAUGUCAAUCCCUAUGAUGGGCUGGGCUGUGCGCCGCAUGUUUACCAUUCGUUCCAAGGUCAACGCACUCACCGAUAAAAGAGUCAGCUUGACGCAGGAAGUUCUUCAAGCAAUUCGAUUCGUCAAGUACUAUGCAUGGGAACCCGACUUUUUAGACCGCAUUGGGAAGCAGCGUCACGGCGAAAUCCGCUCUGUGCAGCUUCUUUAUGCGAUCAAGAAUGGUAUGACCGCUGUGGGAAUCUCGAUACCCAUGUUUGCAUCCAUGCUAGCUUUUAUCACCUAUUCCUUGACAAACCACGCCUUGGAUCCCGCUCCUAUUUUCUCUUCGUUAACUCUUUUCAACCAGCUUCGACUGCCCCUGAUGAUGUUUCCCAUGGUUGUCGGUCUAGUGACGGAUGCUUUGGCUGCUAUUAAUCGAAUUGAAGAUUUCCUGCUCACCGAAGACAUGCAGACAGACGUGGAACCUGUCGGGAACGCACCAGAUGCCGUUUCACUCGUCGAUGCAGCAUUUACAUGGGAAAGCAUCAUUGAAGGAAGCGGCCCUGGGAAAACAAAAACCGACAAAAAGGCCGCUAAAAUGAAUGCCAAAAAGGCAAAGAAGGAGAAAAAGGCAAAGAAAAAGGCCGCAGAUGUGGAGAAAAAUUCAGACGCAAAUUCAGACGAAACGAAGAUUGCUGAAACUCCUCCUGAGAUUGGCUCAGUGUUGACCCCGUUCAAGAUUGAAAACCUCAAUAUCCACGUCGGCUAUCAAGAAUUCCUGGGUAUCGUCGGAGGCGUAGGUUCCGGUAAAACUUCCCUUAUAGCAGCACUGGCCGGUGAAAUGCGGAAAAUCGAUGGUGAUACUGUCAUCAGUGGAUCCAAAGCCUACUGUCCUCAAAGCGCAUGGAUCCAGAACGCCACGGUUCAAGAUAACAUCAUCUUUGGCCGUGAACUGGACGAGGAGAGGUUCCAACGAGUCAUUGACGCAUGCUCUCUUCGACCAGAUCUCGAAAUGCUUCCGCGCGGUCGCUAUUCACAAAUCGGUGAGCGCGGAAUCAAUCUCUCAGGAGGACAGAAAGCUCGUAUCAGCUUGGCGCGAUCGAUUUACUCGGAUGCAGAUAUAAUUCUCUUGGAUGACCCUCUUUCAGCCGUGGAUGCUCAUGUCGGUCGACAUAUCAUGGAUAAUGCCAUCUGCGGGCUUCUCAAGAACAAAUGUCGAAUCCUUGCCACGCACCAGCUCCAUAUCCUCAACAAAUGUGACAGAAUCAUCAUGAUGGACGAUGGCAAAGUGAUUGCAAAUGACACUUUCGACAAUCUUGCGGCAAAUAAUGAGAAAUUCCAGGCAAUGAUUGCAACUGUCGAGUAUGAAAAAGAGGAGGAAGACACCGAACAGCCCGUUGCCCGUGAGGUUGUAGAAACUGCCACAAAUGCCCCUGAAUUAGUAAAGGAAAGCUCGGCUCAAGAAGAAGAAGAGGAUGGUCCAGAACAAGUCUCAGGCAACAUGUAUUUCCAAUAUUUUGCUGCUGCAGGUUCGCCUUUUAUAUUACCGGUCGUGGCGUUAUUGUUGGUAUUGUCUCAAGGUGGCGCCAUCGUCACCAAUUUGUGGCUGUCUUGGUGGACGUCCAACAAGUUUGGCUUCAACAGCGGAACAUACAUUGGUGCGUAUGCUGGCCUCGCUGUCGGCCAAGCCUUGCUGCUCUUCGUGUAUUCGACCGCCCUAGCUAUGGCUGGCACAAUUGCGAGUAAACAUCUUCUCCAGCUGGCCAUCAAGAGAGUUCUCCAGGCCCCGAUGUCCUUCUUCGACACAACUCCUCUCGGGCGCAUCAUGAAUCGUUUCUCCAAAGACGUCGACACUCUAGAUAACAACAUGAUGGACUCGAUGCGUCAGGCGACAAUGACGAUUGCUCAAAUAUUUGGCGUGUUCAUUCUCAUAAUUGCCUACUACUAUUACUUUGCAGCUGCUGUGGUGCCUCUGUUCCUGAUCUAUGUGUUGCUUGCACUCUACUACAACGCGUCCGCAAGAGAAAUCCAGAAACACGAGUCUCGGCUUCGAGGUCGGGUUUUUGCGCGUUUCAAUGAGGCCAUAUUUGGAACUGCAACCAUCAGGGCAUAUGGACUAACAAACACGUUUAUUGAAUCGCUUAACAACUCAAUCGAUCACAUGGGCAGUGCCUACUUCUUGACAUUCGCCAACCAACGUUGGCUUGCUGUUCGGCUCGACGCCAUUGGUGUCGUUCUAGUAUGCGUGACUAUGAUCUUGGUUGUCACUUCCCGAUUUAAUGUCUCGCCGAGUACGAGUGGAUUGGUCUUGUCAUAUCUCUUGUCGAGUAUCCAAAUGCUUCAGUUCACAGUACGACAAGCGGCUGAUGUUGACAACAAUAUGAACUCUGUCGAGAGAAUCAAUUACUACGGAAAACACAUCGAACAGGAGGCCCCUGCCCAUACCGUUCCUGUACCAGAAGAAUGGCCCAGCAAAGGAGAGAUUACCUUCCGUGAUGUACAUCUAAGGUACCGUCCGGGUCUCCCAUAUGCCCUCCAGAAGCUCGACCUCCAUGUUCGUCCUGGCGAGAGAAUUGGCGUCGUUGGUCGUACUGGCGCCGGAAAGUCUACCAUUAUCAUGGCACUUUUCCGAAUGGUGGAGCUCGCGCAAGGAAAUAUCGAGUUAGACGGCCUGGAUAUUAGCACGAUAGGCCUGAAUGAUUUACGUUCUCGUAUGGCAAUUAUUCCACAAGACCCAACGCUAUUCGCUGGCACUGUUCGGUCGAAUCUUGACCCAUUCCAAACUCGGACAGACCUGGAGCUUUGGUCGGCACUACGACAGGCCCAUCUUGUCGAAGAAGAAACUUCUUCAAAAGUAGAGGCUGGCCCUCAAACUGGCCAAAACCACGUCACCCUCGACACAACUGUUGAAGAAGGUGGCUCUAACUUUUCGCUUGGUCAAAGACAACUACUUGCACUGGCUCGUGCACUUGUUCGCAAUAGCAGAAUCAUCAUUUGUGACGAAGCUACCAGUUCGAUUGACUUUGAGACGGACCUUAAAAUCCAAAAGGCCAUAUCGGAUGGGUUCCAGGGCCGGACACUCUUCUGUAUUGCUCACAGACUGAAGACCAUUAUAGGAUAUGAUCGCAUCUGUGUCAUGGAUCGUGGAAUGGUGGCCGAAUUAGCCACCCCACUGGAGCUGUAUGAUGCAGGCGGGAUCUUCAGGAGCAUGUGUGAGCAAAGUUCCAUCACUCGAGACACCAUACUGGCAUCGAGAACAAGCGCAUAA